AUGGAUGAGAAACCAAUGAAAAGUAUUGUUUUGAGCUCAGUAUCAGAGUUUAACAUCACAGAUGAGCCAUCCAAGGACACCAAAAAGGAGAGAAAACUGUCAGAAUCUUGUACGUCUAGAUUAUCAUCUCUUGAGAAAUGCAGGACACAGUUCAGCUACCUUGAAGAUAACGCAUCAGACCAUGAAAGAGACAGCAAUGAUGAAUGUGCCACUCUCAUCCUCGCCUGCUUGUUCUGCCAGUUUUGGGACUUUCUGUUCAUGUUGCCUGAUGUCUGUGAAAAUUGGCUGAAGCAAGUCUGCUGCCCUUCCCAUAGAUAUUUCCAAACCUCAAGCGAUGACCACAACAACGGUGACUGCAGCUGUGACUGUGACAUUGACUGUAGUAUCUUGGAGUCUUGUCAUGAAACCAGCGAGUGUCUGGAACUGGCUCUGGAGAUCUCUCAAGUCUGUUAUCACUAA